AUGGAAUUAACCGAUAUCGAUUCGUGGGGUGGCGUUCUCAAAUGGGCCAAUCCCCAGUUCCUACCGGCUGAUCCUACCAUUGCUGGAAGACCUAGAAGUCAACUGCCGGCUGCCCGUAAGUCCGUUGAGAAGACUAGGUCAGGGCGACGCGGAGGUAGAGUGUAUACGGUGCGUUCCGUUCCUUCAAACUCCACUCCUAUCCCCACCCCACAAACCAAUUCCCUCUUCACGAUCAUCUUGCCUAAUGCUGUGGUAGGGAUGUCUCACCUGCCGCCAACGAAAGAUCAAGGUCUGCAACUUCAAAUUUCUCUCGGAGCCUUUUUCUCUGACCCUAGCUGUAGUGUGAUGGACGACGGCCGACCUGUGCCAACUGCGAACGCUCUCGGCGGCAUGCCUGCCAUGGAUUUAUUGCCGCACCGGCAGCUACCACUGCGAUAG